CGUGAAUUGAAGUAUAUUUGGGAAAGUGCUUUUCUGGAUUUUUUUGGUAAUCAUAAACUUAAAUACAAGCUUUGUUAACGUGUUCGGCGGAGAUCCGAAUCUGAUGGUCUUCGAACCUUCAAAUCUGGUGAAGUUGAUGGAGGGAUUGUGACAGACAUCAUUUUCUGGGUUGAGGAAGAAGUCGGAAGCGGUGGAAGGUUAAACGGCAUGAAUAAAAAAAUAAGAAACAUGGAUUGUGGAUAAGCUGGAAUGAUGGAUCCAUAACUUGAUUGAAACUGUUGAUAAUUAUAUUUAGAUGGUAAAGUGAAAUUAUAUCGAGGUGAGAUAUUCUUUGUUUCAAUUGUGUUUUAGUUUAUUACUUUUUGUAGGUGAAGAAAUUGAACAUAAAAGAACAAUAAAGAUAAAUAAAUUAAAACACAUAUAAUUGUACAAUAUAUAUAGAAGGAUAAAAUGGACAAAUCAACCAUAAUAAGUGUGUCACAUGUGCAUUGUGUCUUAUACUGUAAUUGAGAAGACAAAAUGUGUCCCUCAAUGUAAAUUUUUCUAAAAUGUGUCGAUAACAAUAUCGACUCUUUGAAGUAUGUGGAAUUCAUCAUUUGGGGUGUAAUUAGAUCUACUCAAAAUGUUUUGGGGCCCAAUCGAAUUUGUAAAAGUUGAACCCGCCCAAUCCUAAAUCCGAUUAAUAAAAAAUCAAAUAGGCUAAAGGUUUGUUAAUCGGAUUCAGGAUUGGGCGGGUUAAACUUUAAAAAAUUCGACUGGGCACCAAAACAUUUUUAAGUAGAUCUGAUUACACCCCAAAUGAUGAAUUUACGAUACGCGAGUCGUUCUGUUCCUUCAGUGAGCUUCGACAAAUCAAUCAAUGGCGAAAUCAACAACGCUUCUUAGCCCGCAGUUCUUCCACACUCUUCUUCCUGGCUUUCAAACUCACCUCACGAUUCCCUCAGACUUCUUCUCGAAUUAUAUCAAGGACUUGGAGACGACCACGGCGGAGCUCAAAUCGGACUCCUCCCUCGACAUAACCUGGAAAGUCAAACUGACUGGUCGGAUACUUAAUGAUGGCUGGGGAGACUUCGCCGUCGCUAACAAUCUUCACAUCGGCAACGUCGUCCUUGUCCGUUACGAAGGAGGUAUUGUCUUCCAUGUUUCUGAUCUAGGACCCUGUUUCUCUCAGAUCCAACACAUUAAUCCUCCACGACAAAACAUUGAUGAGGAAGAUGACGUGGAAAGGGAGAGGAAAGGAGACGAGUCAUUAAUAAAGAAGAAGCUUAAGCCGAAGCAAAGACCUGUGUCAUAUUCAUCAUAUUCACCAUGUCAUAAGCGAUUCGUAACGUUUACGCUCCCGCCUGAAUAUGCCACACUUUGUAGAUUGACUCUUCCAAAUCUAUUCGUCAAGGAGAAUGGCAUCAGCAAGCCUGCGGAGAUACGUGUGUUGGGUAAAGAUGGUACAAAGUGGCCGAUCACCCUUCUACUUGACAAGAAAGGAAUAAUGAGUUUCGGAAAGGGUUGGAAAGAAUUUGUCAAAGCAAAUGGGCUAGAGACAGGAUUCACGCUCAAGUUGAUGUGGGAAGACACAACUCCUUCGUUUAGUUUAUGCUGUCCAGAAUCAGCGAGUGACAGAGAUGAAAAAGAGUGUUUAGAAUCUAUCAAGAAACAGUCUCUUUCAAUAGAUAGGAGAAUUAGAGACAAGCCCGGCAAAGAUGACAAUAACAAAGAGGAGAAAAGGUCGUGGGAGAGGCAAAAGAUUCAUCUGCGAGGGAGAGAUGUUGGUGAUUUUGAGGAGGUUCCUAUAAACAAGAAAGUAAAGACGGACAGUCAUGGAACAGAAGCGGCUUUUUCUUCAUUAGACAACUCAUGUUUUGUGGCCUUUGUCACGGAUUCGAGUCUAGACUCAGAUACACUGUAUCUUCCACGAUAUUUUACAAGCUCAAAUGGUCUUACAAGAAAAUGCCGCAAGAUUGUUUUAAUAGAUGGUGGGGGAAGAUCAUGGGCAAUGGAUCUGAGCUUCAACGAAUCUUCUGAUAUUUUCUACAUAAGCCCGGGUUGGAGAAGUUUCUGUGACAAAAACGGUCUACAAGCAGGAGGCUUCUUUACGUUUAAACUAGUGGGAAACGAGGAAACUCCUGUGCUCAGUUUCUGCCCUAUGGAGUCCAUCGAUAGUAGAAGCCAAAAAGAUUGUUUUGAAGCUCAUUCCACAGAAGUUAGCAAUGAGGAAGAGGAGAUAGAAAGGGAGAGAAAUGAAGAAGAGACAUUAAUGGAUAUAGAAGAAAAGAAGAGUAAACCGGAGCAAAGACCUGUGUCAUAUUCAUCAUAUUCACCAUGUUAUAAGCGAUUCAUAACAUUUACGCUCCCACCUGAUUAUGCCACACUUGAUAAAUUGACUCUUCCAAAGCUAUUCGUGAAGGAGAAUGGAUUCAACAAGCCUGGGGAGAUAUAUCUGUUGGGUAAAGAUGGUACAAAGUGGCUGACACGACUUCUACUGGACAAGAAAGGACUGAUGAGACUGGGAAAAGGUUGGAAAGAUUUUGUCAAAGCAAAUGGGCUAGAGUCUGGAUUCACGCUCAAGUUGAUAUGGGAAGACGCAACUCCUUCCUUUAGUUUAUGCUGUGCAGAAUCUACGAGUGACAAAAAUGAAGAAGAGUAUUUAGAAACUAUCAUGAAACAGUCUCUUUCUAUAGAUCGGAGAAUCAGAGAUAAGAUUAGUAAAGAUGAGAAUGACAAAGAGGAGAAAAGGUCAUGGGAAAGAGAAAAGAUUAAUAUGAGAGGGAGAGAUUCAACUACAUCGAGACAAAAGCAAUUCCUGACAUUAGCAAUCACCCCUACCAGUCUCCGAUGUAAUAGAAUGCGUCUUCCAAUACCAUUCUUGAGGAAGAGUUGCAUGGACAAGCCUGGAGUGAUAUAUCUGUUGGGGAAAGAUGAUACAAAGUGGAUGGCAAAUCUUAUACAGGAAGGGGACGGAAGAAUGAAGUUGGGAAAAGGCUGGACAGCUUUUGCUAAAGAAAACGAGUUUAAGGCAGGAGAAUCCGUUACAUUGGAGUCAAUCUGGGAAGAUGAGACUCCUAUGAUCAGGUUUCUCCGUACGGAGUCUGAGAGUUCAAAAGCUAACAAGAAAGAGUCCAUUUACAUGGAAGACACAGAAUCAAGAACGAGAGAUUCAUCUACAGAAAUCCAUGCCCGGUUCGUGACGUUAACACUAAAACAUGAAGAUGUCAAAGCCUGUAUGCUGAUUCUUCCUAGUCAGUUCUUGAAGGCUAAUGGCAUCAACAAACUUGGGAAGAUAACUCUUUUGGAUGAAAAUGAAGUAGAAUUGUCGGCAUAUCUACUGUCAAGAGAAGGAAUUGUUGCUGUGGAAAGUGGUUGGGGUGAGUUUUGUGAAGCUAAUGGCGUCAAGUUAGGAGAAUCUUUCACUUUGGAGUGCAUUAAAGAGCAAGACGAAACAGCUCCUGUACUUAAAGUUAUGUUCUCAGGAGGCUAAUAAAUAAAAACAGGAUGUAAAUUGAAGAUCCCUUAGUUGAUUUGAACCAACCAAAAAGAAGAAGCUCGACGAAUGGUGAUAGUAGUCUUCAAGCCUCUUCUUCCUGGCUUCCACGGCCACUUGAAAAACUGAUCCAAAGGGGAAAAACUCUGAUUCGUCGUUUGUCCUCCAGAGAGUCAGAGUCAGAAGAAGAGAUCAACUUCGUUGAGUUGUGUUCUGUCUCUCUCUAACUCGACUCAGACAUAUAAGAAGACUGUUACAACUUCGCUGCCUCAGUCUUCUUCAACAAAAAUGGUACAAUCUGCAAUGGAAAAGCAUACAUUGUCCAUGCCAGACUGGUCUCUGCUACCGGAGGAGCUACUACACAUGAUCUCCGAGAUGCUUGUGCGGAUCCGCCUUUCCCUUUCCUUCUUGCCUAUUACCCCGAGAGAGUCGGAGGAUAACAUGGCACUUCCAUAUCGUUUUCAGUGCUCAGUGAAAGUGGAGUUGCUUUUUAUUGUAUUGAAUUUUCAGAAUCUUCCAAAGAGUUUUGUGAGGGCAAAUGGUCUAGAGACGAGAUGUGGAGAUAUUGUUCUGAUGAAUGAAAAAGGUAGAUCAUGGAUUCAGCUUUAAAACAAAGACAAUGUGGAAAAAGUUACAUCACACGAGGGUGGAGAAGUUUCUGUAGUGCCAAUGGACUCAAGGCUGGAGAUAUCUUCACUUUCAAACUCAUCAAAAGAGGAGGAACACUGCUUCUACGUAAGUCUCCCUCCCACAGAGAAUCCAAAGAAGAUGAGGGCUCAGAAGCUGAAGAAAUAGAGUCUCUUUCCACAGAAUCUGACAGCGAUGAAGAGAGCAACCAAGAUGAGAAAGCACUCAAGAGGCGUAUAUUUAUUACUAGGGUAAACCCGCCCUACGGGCGGGACAAUAAAUUAAAAAUAAUAUUGAAACAUUUUAUAUAUGAAAGAGCAUCUGUAAUUAUAAAUGUAUUUUAAUUUUAUUUUGUUAUUUUCUAAAGAUCAUAAAUUUGUUUAAUUUGCUUAAAUACAUGGUUUUACUACUAA